GGCGUCAGGGGAGGGGGUUGGGUAGGGAAGCGAUCGUCGGAGUGAGUGAAGGAGGCGGCAGAGGCUGCGGCUCGGCGGGCGGGGAAGGAAGGAAGGGAAAAGGAAAAGGAACCGUUUGGCAACUGAGCAGCUCUGCCUGUCUAACGAGGAGAUGCCGCUCCUCCACCGUAAGCCGUUCGUCAGACGAAAGCCGCCGUCCGACCUGAAGCCGGACGAAGAAGUUUUCUACUGUCGGGUGACUAGGGAAAUCUUCAGGAGUUACGAUGACUUUUUUGAAAGAACCAUACUUUGCAACAGUCUGGUCUGGAGCUGUGCUAUUACAGGAAAGCCAGGGCUAACUUACCAGGAAGCAGUUGAGUCGGAAGCCAAGGCCAGACAGAAUCUUCAAAAUUUCCCUGAGCCACUGGUGAUGCCCAUCCUUUACUUAGCAUCACUUUCUUAUUACUCACGACUCCAUGAACUCUGUGAUGAUCUCUACACGUAUACGCAACAUCGAUAUUUUGCAGGAGAGAUAGUGGAAGUAACUGGUCUUAAUGGUCUCAGGCAAACAUGUAAGGUUUUGGAAGUUCUGACCCCACCAAUGCUAAAUGGGACUGCUAAUGGACACAUAAGUAGCAGAACUGAAGAUGUUGUAAUUGUCAUUAGAGAUGCAGAUGAUAUAAAAAAGGAACCAAAAGACAAGAAGAAGAAAGAUGAUAAAAGAAAAAGUGAAGAUCAAGCUGGUGAUAAAGAUGAUACUAGCGAUUGUGGGAAGAUACAGAAGACAUUAUUAGAUCGUUGGAGAGAGUCUCUUCUGGCAUGCACCAGCUUAGCUCAGGUUUUUCUUCACCUCUCUACACUGGAUCGUAGCAUUAUAUGGGCCAAAUCUUUGCUAAAUACUCGCUGUAAGAUCUGUCACAAGAAGGGCGAUGCAGAAAACAUGCUUCUGUGUGAUGGCUGUGAUAGGGGUCAUCACACAUACUGCUUGAGACCAAAGGUCAAGAUCAUUCCAGAGGAUGAUUGGUUCUGCCCUGAAUGCAGGCCAAAACAACGGUUGCGUCGUACAGUGGCCAGGCAAAGACCAUCAUUGGAGAGUGAGGAGGAGGAGGAGGAUCUGAUUGAAUUGGACAAGAACUUGUUGAAGAUGCAAAGUGAAAAAGAUAAAAACGAGGCAAUGGAAGAAAAUGAAAUUGAGGAAGAAAUUGAAAUGGAGAGGAGUCGCCCACGAAGAGGAAGACCUCCUUUGAAACUACAGAUUAAAGGCAAAAGGGGUAAAUCUAGCACUCCUAAAGCAGUGGUUACUCAACGAGCAGGUAAAAGGAAAUAUACCCCUCGCAGUCAGUCAAAUACUCCCAAGUUAACAUCAUCUUUUGGUAAGAAUAGUGGCAGAAGAUUGGGAAGGAAGCCUAAGACUGCACCAAACUCUGAAAUAAAACCAAUGUCCAGAUCAUUUCAUUAUGCUAAAUCUGACCAAACAGAUGAAUCCUUCAGCGAAUUGGUUCGUCCCCGUCGGCGACGGAAGUAUCGGAAGUUUAUUACCAGCACCCCUGACUGCAACACCUCAGCAUCUCACAGUGUUGACAUUUCUGAUUUAGACAUCUUGAAGGAUGAACCUGUAAGGAAAAAAAGGAAGUAUACACGUCGUAUACAUCAGAAACCAGCUCAAGUAAUUAAAAGAGGAAGAAGAGGCAGAAAGCGCAAAUCUGCAGAUGCCACAAUACAAGUACCACAGGUAACUGGGAACCGGAGAAGUUCAAGUCGGCACUCUGGCAUGCAUGAGCUUUCUCUUUGUGAACAACUGAUCGUGGAUUUAGUACGGCACGAGGACAGUUGGCCAUUCCUAAAAUUGGUAAACAAAGCUCAGGUUACUGAUUACUAUGACAUUAUUAAAAAUCCAGUUGCCUUAAAUAUUAUACGAGAGAAACUAAACAGAUGUGAAUAUAACUUUGCAUCGGAUUUUAUUGAUGAUGUGGAAUUGAUGUUUACAAACUGCUUUGAAUACAAUCCUCGAAAUACGAGUGAAGCCAAAGCUGGGAUAAAACUUCAAGCUUUCUUUCACAAUCAAGUAGAAAAACUGGGAUUGACAAUGAAACCUGCCAAUGUUGACCAUCCACCACAACCUCCAGUUACUAAAAGGUCAAGAAUUUAAGGUUGUUCAGUGGUGUUAUUUUAAUUAGGAACUUUCAAAAUUUGUCAUGUUCCAUUUUCCAAAAUUUAAAUGAGAAUCAUGCCACAGGCUGCCUUGCCCUUCUUAUGAACUGCAAUAACUUUUGUUUUACAACAUUGAAACGCGACCUGCACUGGACUAAAGUUCUUUCUAUUAAGCACUCAGGAAGAUGUAGUGUGAAACUGCAUUGUGCUAUGAUAAAUUUGUAGAGAUUUCAUAAUUUGUGUAUAUUGGAUACAGUAAUGUUUUACUGAAAGACUUUUGUACUUUUUUGAAGUAACAUUCAUGCAUAGUAGUGUCUUCCACCAAACAUGGAGUAAAUGCUAUACUUUUAUAAAUCUAAUUGCGGAGCUCUCCAGUGUUAUUAUUUUGUGAAAUAUGUUGUUAAUUUAAAGGAAAAUUAGUCACCAAUCUCCAGUUAUAUUUUUUUUAUUUUAAUUAAAAAUGACUCUUAAAACCAACAAAAGAAUGCUACACUACACAUGAGUGAGAAUUGUAUAUCAUUUCAGUGCUCUAUAUGUUUCAUGCUGGUGAGAAUGAAUGUCUUACCAAGAAAGAUUAGAUAUUUAUUCCGUGUUGAAAACAAUUUGUGGGGGUUUGAAUUUCAUCUGUAUUUAUGAAAUUUGUAAUUGAAAAGAGGGGGAAAUUUAAUUUUUUUUUCUCAUGCUGCAACAUUUUGUUUUUUUUUAAAAGCACGUCCUUUCAAAUGCUCAAUAAAAUGUGGAAUCCAGGAACUAGAUUCUUAUGUAAUGUUUCUGGCAUCAGUAGUAUUGAUGAUGCAAUUUACUUUCAAAGUAAUUUUUUUUGUACAAAUAAAAGUUUGAGUUGAUA